CACAGACAGAGACAAAGACAGCAACUGGAAAUGUGAAGUGGCAGCAAUGAAGGGCAAAGCUUAUGUUUGCUGCUUGCCUGCCUGCCAGCAGAGUGUGGACAGGACUCUCCAGUGCGCCCUGUGCCCAGGAGGGGCGGGGUGGGUGGCAGAGCAGGGACAGAGGGAGAGAGGAGGGCAGGACUGGCAGGGUGCGGUCUGAAGUGGCAACAGAUCGUUUUGGAUCACUCAAAUCCCUUCAAUUCAACUGGAAAGCUGCAGCUUGUUGCGCGCCGGCCGCAUAUGGAGAGGAAAAGCUUUCAAUCCAGAGAGGGCACCAACCAAACAGCAGGCGAAAGUGGCUGAUGUUGUGACAGUUUCCCAGAGCAAAAGAAAGAGAGGGAGAGAAACCACAACACUGCAACUUGGAUAUCAGUAACCGCUCUCUCUCUUUAACUCUCUCACCCACCGAAUCGACUUUGAACCUGUUUGUUUAAAUACACGGACUUUACAGCCUGCACACAUACUGUUGAUUCUGUAAGGCGGAGGGAGCGAAGUUUCUCAAUUUGGGUCUUUUUUUUUUUGUUUUGUUGUUGGAGCCGCUGAACUUUUCGGUGUCCUCAUGGUGCCCGGUGCAGCCGAGGUGCUGAGCUUCUUUUAUCCGAGUUUUUCGGACGUCAUGUUGCGACUGUCACGGACGAUGGAGUCGGGUACUGAACCGGGGAGGUACUGAAGACAUCUCUCUCCCCAGGGAGAGUUCUCCCUCCCCUCCCCCCCCUCCCUCCGGGGCGAUGCGGAUCUCCUUCUUCCUUCUCACCGCCUCUCUGUGUGCCUUGGUCCUCCUCCUCGCACCUGCCUCGGAGGGCUGCGGGCCGGGGAGGGGGUACGGCAAGAGGCGGCCCCCGAAGAAGCUCACACCGCUCGCCUACAAGCAGUUCAGCCCCAACGUCGCCGAGAAGACCCUGGGAGCCAGCGGGAGACCCGAGGGCAAAAUAACGCGCAACUCCGAGCGCUUUAAAGAACUGACGCCGAAUUACAACACAGACAUAAUCUUCAAAGAUGAGGAGGACACGGGCGCCGACAGGCUCAUGACCCAGCGUUGUAAAGACAAGUUAAACUCUCUGGCCAUCUCUGUGAUGAACAUGUGGCCAGGUGUGAAGCUGAGGGUGACAGAGGGCUGGGAUGAGGACGGCCAUCAUUCAGAGGACUCGCUGCACUAUGAGGGACGCGCUGUCGACAUCACCACAUCAGACAGGGACAGAAAUAAGUACGCCAUGUUGGCCCGGUUAGCUGUAGAAGCUGGAUUUGACUGGGUCUACUACGAGUCCAAAGCCCACAUUCACUGUAGCGUCAAGUCAGAACAUUCUGUGGCAGCCAAAACUGGUGGUUGUUUCCCUGGCGAUGCGCAGGUCAUUCUCGAGGGCGGGGCUACUAAACAGAUGCGCGACCUUCACCCUGGUGACCGUGUCUUAGCUUCCUCAACAGAAGAUGGCCACGGCCCUCUUCUCUACAGCCCGGUCUUAUCCUUUCUGGACCGCCAGCCCAACGUUACAAAAAUCUUCUACGUCAUUGGCACCGAUGCAGGACUUAAUAUUACGCUCACAGCAGCUCACCUGAUCUUUGUCACAGACUGCACUGGCGGUCAGAGAAGUGAGCCAGGGUGGGAGGAGACGCUUGAAGAGCCACAUUUGGGCUCCAUACCCAGGCCUAGCUGGGAAGCAGGUCUGAGGACAGUCUUUGCCAGCGAGGUCCAUCCAGGACAGUGCGUACUUACUCCGCAAGGGAAGGUGAGGUCACAGACAACAUUUUCAGUUGUGACCUCUGUGGAGGAGCGGAGGAGCACUGGACUGUAUGCCCCCCUCACCCAACAUGGCUCUGUAGUGGUGAACGGUGUGCUCGCAUCCUGCUAUGCUGCAGUGGACAAUCACCAUUUGGCCCACUGGGUCCUGGCUCCACUGAGGUUCUUCUACAGCCUGAUAGGCCCUUCAGAACCGCAGACUGACGGGCUGCACUGGUUUCCUUUGCUUCUACAGAAGCUAGGGCAAAUGCUGCUGGACGCUGGACACUUCCACCCCUGGGGGAUCGAGCAAGGACGCAGAUAGGAGCCACAGUGAUAUGUUUCACAGCAAUGACUUCAUUCAGUUACCUGUAUUCGGGAGCACUAAAGCACAGAACACAGCUGUCUCUCUCAACAGAGGAAAGCGACUGUGGAACCACCAAAUACAACUGAUUUUACAGUGUAAAUGUAUUUUACACAAACUCUUCUCGCCUAUAUUUGCUGCUCCUUUUUUGUAGCGUGAGUUAAAUUGUGCGAGAGACAAAGAGAGGAGACUGAAACGAUUUGCUUUAGUCUAUUAACAAUUUCUAGAGACUGAGGUGUGCAAGAAAAUCAGCACAAUUGAAAGUCAAAAUAAAACUUUUAGCUUGACUACCAACAUAAAUACUGGUGUAAGUAUCACCCUCGGUUCAGUCCUCUCACCUUAGAGAUCACAAACAAAGACUGUGACUCAAAAUGAUUGCUUUUAUUAAAUCAAAAAAAAGUGGCUAGUGGAGUAAGACAAUCAGGUUUCAUCAUUCCUUUGUUCUGUAUUUACUGUAAUCUGUGUCAACAUUCAUGCAUUCCAUUUGGAGAUCAAGCUGAUCCAGUUAGAAUACAUUUUGACAUUUGAGGAAAAAGGUGAAGCAUCAUGAAGAAAACUAGAGAGUGAAGAAGGUGUGAGUUGAAGCUCUGUAUGUACAUAGGUAUUUAUACGGUUAAGUAAUGUUAAGAAGACAGAAUGACAACAAAUCAACUUUGCUCUGUGUACUGUCAAAAUCAUCACUGCAGUAAAUCCACUGAUUCUCUGUGUAGAGCCUAUACUAUGCUUGAUGGUGGGGCACUGCAGCUUCACAUCUGAAAAAGGGCUUUGUUGGAAAACUAUUGAAUUGCAGGGAAUAAUGAUGGACAUGACAAUUGUGUUGCAGUGUUUUUAGCUCUUCCAAGUCUGCCAUUUGCUCUCAUCCAACUUGAUUGUCUCAGACUGAUUCAUAUGGUUCAUUUAUACAUUCCUUAUGUUUUUUAUCAGGUAUUUUGUGACAUGUUUUUCAUGGUUUCAGGUUUUCAGUUUUCAGGUCAGUAGUAUCUAGUUAAGGCAUACACAACACUCAGGCUGUAUUCAACUACUGUAUUAAGCAACAGCUAUGCAUCAUGAUAAAUAACAGUUAUCUUUAAUCUUGAAUAGUAAGAGUUUGUUUGAUAGCUCUCCUUUACAUUAUUCUUUUUUUUUUUUGUAUUCCAUCUAUCACCCAAGACCUAGAUUGGCAGAGGUACAGAAAAUCUUUAACAUUAUGAUAAGUAGAUCUAAUUUUGUGAUAUGUGGCUGAAAGGAUAUGGAUUAGGGCUGAAUGAUGUGAAAGAAAGAAAAAAAUCAUAUUAUUUUGACAGAUUGCCAUUGGGAUAUGAAUCACAAUUAUAGCGGGAAAAAAACACAAAAUGAUGAUAAUGUGAUUUUUGAUGGGGGUUUCUACCAAACAAUAAUGUUCCCUUAAAUCUGGAGAAUAUGAUUUGUUGGCAGGGGGAAACCUCUGUAGCACCACAAUCCUUCAUUUAUGGCAUGUUGUGACACA